CGGCACCGCCUCUCGUGUACUGCCGCUUUCGAAACCGCGCUCUUCUCGCAGUGGAGGCCGCGAAAGAUGGAAGAUCUCUCCCCGCAACCCCGCGCCUCUUUCACACAUGCACGCACACACGUGUCACGCGGCAACGGCUGAGGAAGCAGCACAUGCCGUACGACGUUCAUAUUGGGACGACACAAUGUCCCGCAAAGGUUGCAUCGCUGUCACAAAGUACUUCCUUUUCCUCUUCAAUUUCUUCUUCUUUCUCCUCGGAGGACUUCUGUUUAGCUUUGGCUUAUGGCUACUUUUUGACCGGGACAGUUUUGCGGCUGUUCUAGGGUCGGCGUAUUAUGCCCUCAAGAUCUGGUCCUAUAUUUUCUGUGGGGUUGGCAUCCUCACCAUGUGGAUGGGAUUCCUCGGAUGCCUGGGUUCCCUCAAGGAAAUCAAGUGUAUGCUAGGAUGUUACUUCGCCUUCCUGCUCCUUCUCUUCCUGGCCCAGAUCAUCAUUGGAAUCUUGGUAUAUUCGCAGAGCAAAACGCUCAACACAAAGGUUGGUGACUAUGUCACAGAAAUAAUUGAGCACUAUGGGACAUAUAAUCCGUCCACGGAUGAGGAGGAGAGCUGGGAUUAUGUGCAGAUGGAGCUCCAGUGUUGCGGAUGGAUCCUCUCCAAUGACUGGAUGGAGAACAGCAUAAUAAAGAACUCCUCUUACCACCUCUAUCCCUGCUCCUGCCGCGGCAACGUCUCUCAGCCUGGCCAGCCAGGGAACAGCACCACCGCUGCCCCCACCACCAGGCCGAAGAUUGCAGGCUUCUGUAACUCUUACGGGCAACCGUGGUCCGUCUAUGAGAUGGGCUGCAUGGACGGCGUCCAGACCUGGCUCACAAAUAACAUCAUCACCAUUGUGGGGAUCAGCCUUGGGAUUGCGCUCAUGGAGCUCUGCCUCAUGACGCUAUCGAUGUUUCUGUGUAGGACCAUCGGACCCAACUAUGACAAGCUGACUCGCUAUUCCUAGGAGUCGAAUCGCCCCUUCUCAGAGUUCCAGAUUUUAUAGGGGGCGGCAAUGGAAUCCAUCCCUUUAAAUUCAAAACUUUCCACUUCAGGGCUGCAAGGUGCCUAUGGAGAUUCUCUACCUAACCUUUCCUUGCACAGAGCUAGGAUUGGUUCUACCAUAACCCUGAGGAAAGAAAUUAAACUCUCAGGAGUUGCAGCUGUCAGGAGAAUCCAUUACAAUACCCUGCAGAACUCUUCAUACAGCAAAACAGAUGAUUUAGCCCUUAAAUCUCCCCAAACCAUAAGCUUAUCCAUUCUGAAAUUUGAUGUAAUAAUGCCAAAAGAUUUAGUCCCGACAUUUUUCUGAUUAUUUUGGCUCUUGAGGGUUCAUUUCGUGACAUCCAAGGCUAGACCUUGCUUCAGCACUGUUUGGCAGAAUAGAGAGUUCACUGCCAGACUCGAGUGGAUUACAAAACAUAACUUGGAAAGCAAAUGUGUGUUUUUAAAGGUGGUUUUUUUACUACUAAUAAUAACAACCAUAACAAUUCUAUUGACUAUUCCGUAAAAUUCCUUAAUAAGCUCGUUUCGGAAUUAAUCCUGCCUUCCGUAGUACGAAAACAAAGCUGAUGUUAAAAUGUUUAAAUUUUAUUUAGCAGCGAAAGAAAGAAAAGUACUGAGAACUUGGACGAGCCAUGUUUUCGAGCGAUGGUGCUCAGGUGCAACAUUUUAAAUUGGGGAUGGAAAACCUGUGGCCCUCCUGAUAUUGCUAGACUAAAACUCUCAUAAUCUCUGGCCCUCCUAGCUGGGGCUGAUGGGACUUGUACUCCAAAAGGGAGUGCCUGUGAAAUUCUUUUAACCCACUCAGUUUACACCUUGUACUGUAAUGUCUAACCCAGGGAUGAGCAUCCUCUGGCCCUCCCAGCUGCUGGACUCCCAACUCCCAUCAUCCCCAGCCAUCACAGGCAUGAUGGAAGUUACAGCCCAGCAACAUGA